AUGCAUCAGGUCUUCCUUCUCCAUUCUUUUGUGGUCUUCAUAAUAGUCAUCCAUUUUAAUAUAUCCAGCGCUCGUGGUUUCUGUGCCACUAGUGCUCCAGAUGAACGACUUGAAGCAGAACACAAGCGCCUCAGUUCUAUUGAACGCCAGGCCAAUGAUGGCAAUGGUUUUGAGGGCCGAAAAGAUGGCUCUGUAAUCGAGAUCGAGACAUGGUUUCAUAUAGUGAGUAGCGAGGAAAAAUCUCGAUUAGUAUCCGAUGCUAUGAUUAGCAAUCAGUUUGCGAUUCUCCAAAGCGCAUAUGGCAACACAAACAUCUCGUAUCGAUUACAGGGCGUGACUCACCAUGUCAAUGAUACUUGGGCACGUAACGAGGACGAUUUGGCUAUGAAGCGUGCAUUGCGCCAGGGAACGUACAGGACCUUGAAUGUCUACUUUCAAACAGAUCUCCAAGGAGCAUCUGGUGAUAGUGCACGGGUCAUAGACGACGACCCUAGUCGUGAGAGUUUGGAAAAUGAGCUCUCGUCCAGCGUCCUAGGAUUUUGUACUUUACCUGAUCCCAGUAUCAACGCCAGCUCUCCAAGUGGCCAGUACAUCAAUGAUGGUUGCAAUAUUUUGGCGAACACGAUGCCUGGUGGCUCGAUUACACAUUACAACCUAGGCGGAACAGCAAUCCAUGAGAUAGGCCACUGGAAUGGCCUUCUCCAUACAUUCCAGGGUGAGUCGUGUUCGCCAAACAAUGACGGUGACUAUAUCUCAGAUACGCCACAAGAGUCUACACCCACAGACGGCUGCCCCUCGGGCAAGGAUUCUUGUCCCCGGUCCCCAGGCCUGGACCCGGUACAUAAUUACAUGGACUACUCUUCUGACGACUGUUAUUCCGAGUUCACUGCAAACCAGGCGCAGAGGAUGCAAAACAUGUGGUUCUCAUUAAGGGAAGCAAAAUGA